AUAUCGACCUUGCUCAUAACCUAUAUGUAAAUAUUUUACAAAACACAUUUUGAAAUUGUAUCAACCGCCAAGAACUCUUUUAUGUCGCGAUGUCGUGGUCAAAUGAUCAGGUUUCAUUGCUGAUUGAGCAAUACCAACAGCACGAGUGUUUAUACUUUGUUCAACAUCGCGAUUAUCAUAAUAAAAACCGAAGAAAUGCUGCGUUACAACAAAUUUGCGAAAAAAUGAAUCAAAUACGUCCAAAUACUUCCAUACAUGAAAUCCAGAAGAAAUGGAAUGGUAUUAGAAAUACAUAUGCCAGUGAACGAAGGAAAUCCAUUGCAAGCUCUCGUAGUGGGGCUGGGUCAGAAGACAUCUACAUACCAUCGCUGUGGUAUUACGAAAAGCUGGUAUUUCUAAACGAACAUUUAAAUAUAAGAAAGUCUGUUUCAUCGUACGCUACAGAAGAAAGCGAAAACUAUUUAACUGAUUCUCCAACUAGUCUGUUAGAGGGCGAAUAUGAGUUGCAACCUCAAGGUGAAUUACACCUUAUACGAAGCGGUAGUCCAGUUCCCAACGAUGAUAAUGUAUAUGUGGGAGAAACUGCAACUUGUAGAUCUGCUCGGAAAAAAUACAAAAAAGACGACAGAAAUCAUAAUGUCGACGUUACCGAAAAAGCUUCGAAAGCAUUAGAUAAGUUAACUACCGCAGUGUCAUCGGUACUUGGGACUUCCACAGAAGAUCCCGAUGAAGUAUACGCAAAAUAUAUAUGUUCACGGAUCGGUGCAAUUCAAAGCAGAAAAAGGAAAUUGAAACUACAGCAUCACAUUGAGACCCUGAUUUUUAAUGCCGAAAUUGAAGAAGCCGAAUGAUUUGUAAAUAUGUAAACAAGUGUUAAAUGAAAGAAACAAUACUAUUUUUGGUUUAUAUUAAUUUCAAAAUAACCACUGUCAUUACAAAACAUCGUUCUGCCAUGGUACUGCCCCAUUCGUAACAAAAAAUCUUGAAAAUAAAUUUCGUGCUUCUAAAGCUUCACUGGCAGCUCUAUUGCCACCUUGCAUAUCUGUCAACUUUUUCAAUUUACCUAUAUUAUCCUCGGUAUUUUCAGAUGGUUCUAAAUAUCUCGGAUUUUUUUCUAAUAAAAAGUUGUGUAAAAUACAACAAGUUAAGGUAAUUAGUUCAACUUUAUCAGGAUUCAAAUUUAUUGUAUUUAAUAAAAUCCUGAACCUAUUGGCCAAGAUGCCAAACGAAUUUUCAAUUACUCGUCUUGCCCGUGACAAUCGGUAAUUAAAUAUUCUUCGCUCAUUUGUCAAUCCACGACUGUGAUACGGUUUCAUGAUUCUCGUUGACAGAGGGAAUGCAUCAUCAGCUACAAAUGUAUAAGGCAAUUGUGUAUUUUGACCAGGUAAGCAUUCAUGGGGAGGAAAGUUUAAUGUAUUAUGAUCUAUUGCCCAUUUUAAGGAGGAUUCUCUAUAAACUCCUCCAUCGCUUACUCUACCAUUGACACCAAUAUCAACGUACAGAAAUUUGUAAGAUGCAUCUGCAACUGCAAGAAGCACAAUACUGUGAUCCCCUUUAUAGUUAAAGUAGUAUGAUCCUGAACUUCGUGGAGGCCUAAAAUUUAUAUGUUUUCCGUCAAUGGCACCUAGACAUAAUGGAAAAUUCCAAUGUUUUUGAAACUCGGAGGCAAUAACUCUCCACUCCAAUUCUGUAGUUGGCAUCUAAAGCAAAAUCAGUAGUACACAAAUAUGGACAUAGUAAUGAUGUACCUGUAAAUUUACAGAUUUUAAUUUUUCACAGAUUGCAUUACAAACGUCAGGAAUUAUCAAGCUAAUGGUGCUUUCAUGUAUUCGGGUGGCAAACAUUAGAGAUCGAUAAGUUUCUCCUGUUGCAAGGAAUCUUAGAGUUAAUGCUAACCUGUAAAACUCAAUUAAAUUUGAAUUAACUUUUUUAUAUCUCAAACCUUGCUUCAGCAGAAAUACUUUCUCUCAUGUUAGUGGUUUGUUUCACAAUAUCACUUCGUAUACAUUCAAGAAGUUCAUCAAAAUGUUGUCCACACAUUCUAAUAAAUUGGCGAUAAGAUUCUGGAUCCUCCGUUCGCAAUUCUUGUUCUAACAUAUGUAGAACACCUCUUCCAUCUUGCCGCUUUAAAAGCCACUUUUCAGACCAUAUUCUUCUUUUUUUUUUAGUUUUUUGUUUCAGCUGCUUCAUUAGUAAAACGCAUAUUACUCCAGCUGCA